UCUAAAAAAAAGGCGGAGUUAACAGUCUGUGCUACAGACUAACAGGCGGACCCAUCAGUAGUUUUCAUUUUUCGGGUUUACAAUUCGGUAAACUAUAACUUUCCCCAGUCAGCUGGCAGUAUGGAUAACACACAGCUGCUGUGACUCAUUACACAUUUAUCCGCCAGGAUUCAAGGCAGCUAGGCUCCCUGUGAAACACUUUCAACAUGGUGCAGGAAUACCAGUCCCCUGUUCGGGUCUACAAGGACCCAUUUGAGUUGAUAAUGGCGGCCUAUGUGAGGCGGUUCCCAAAGUCGCCCCUGAUCCCAGUGUUUGUGGACAGUGAGAUCAUCAGCGAGACCCAAAGCAAGGAUGGAUCCACGGUGGUAACUGAGAGGCGCUGUGUCAUCGACAUCGAGGCCCCGCGGCUUCUUAAACGGAUUGCUGGUGUGGACUACCUGUACUUUACCCAAAGGAACACUCUGAAUCGCAGAGACAGGACGCUCAACAUUGAGGUCCGCAACGAGACCUUUUCCAACAGGGUCAUUGUCCGUGAGUGCUGCAACUACACGGUUCAUCCGGAGAAUGAAGACUGGACAUGCUUCGAACAGACAGCUAGUCUGGAUAUUAAGUCCUUUUUUGGCUUUGAGAGCACGGCAGAGAAGAUAGCUAUGAAACAGUAUGCUAGCAGCAUUAAAAAGGGGAAAGAAAUGAUUGAGUACUACCUCAGAGAGCUGGAGGAAGAAGGAGUAACUUUCAUACCUCGUUGGACCCCGCCCGUCGUCUCCGGCACUACCAGGCUCCAGCUGCUGCCCCGCUCCACUCCCAGAGCCAUCCCAGUGAACAGUGCUGAGACUGGACCGGACAUUAAAGACCCGGCCGGUCCCGCAGAGCUCGUGGCUGGCUCUCCCGACGACAAGUUGGAUGCGGACUACAUCAGGCGUUACCUUGGUGAUUUAACGCCUCUGCAGGAGAGCUGUCUUAUCCGACUGCGCCAGUGGCUCCAGGAAACCCACAAGGGCAAGAUUCCAAAGGAUCAGCAUGUUCUUCGCUUCCUGAGGGCCAGAGAUUUUAACCUGGAGAAGGCCAGGGAGUUCUUGUGCCAGUCCCUCACCUGGAGGAAGCAGCAUCAGGUAGACUUCCUGUUAGACACAUGGGAGCGCCCACAACUGCUUGAAGACUAUUAUACCGGAGGCUGGCACCACCACGACAGCGACGGCCGACCUCUGUAUAUCUUGCGUCUGGGGCAAAUGGACACUAAGGGCUUGGUACGAGCCUUGGGAGAGGAGGGGCUGCUGAGACAGGUCCUGUCCAUCAACGAGGAGGGACUGAGGCGUUGUGAAGAAAACACCAGAGUCUUCGGUCGACCCAUCAGCUGCUGGACUUGCCUGGUGGAUCUGGAGGGCCUUAACAUGCGUCACUUGUGGAGACCAGGUGUUAAAGCUCUGCUCAGGAUAAUCGAGGUCGUGGAGGCCAACUACCCCGAGACUCUGGGGCGGCUGCUCAUACUGAGGGCGCCCAGAGUUUUCCCAGUGCUCUGGACCCUGGUGAGCCCCCUGAUUGAUGAGAAUACCAGGAAGAAGUUCCUUGUUUACGCUGGAAACGACUACCAGGAUCCAGGAGGGUUGGUGGAUUAUAUUGACAAAGAAAUCAUCCCUGACUUCUUGCGAGGGGACUGCAUGUGUGACAUUCCUGAGGGAGGUAUGGUCCCCAAAUCUCUGUACAGGACAGCAGAAGAGCUGGAGAGCGAGGAAAACCGCCUGUUGACUGACUCCAUCUAUAAGAGUGCCAGUGUUUUCAAGGGUGCCCCAUAUGAGAUGCUGAUCGAGAUCACCGAGGCCUCCUCCGUCAUCACCUGGGACUUUGAUGUUUCUAAAGGAGAUGUGAUCUUCCACAUCUACCAUUCCAAGAGGGCCCCACAGCCCCCUAAGAAAGACACUCUCGGAGCCCAUGGCAUCACGUCCCCAGGGGCCAUUAACACCCAGAUGAUCGACAGAAGCUGGGUGUUGGGCCAGGACUUCAGCAUGGUGGAGAAAGCCCUCACCUGCAGGGAGGGAGAGAGUAUACAGGGCUCCCACGUAACGCGCUGGCCUGGCUUCUACAUCCUCCAGUGGCGCUUCCACAGCUCCCCAGCCUGCUCCGCCUCCAGCCUGCCUCGUGUGGAUGAUGUGCUGGCCUCGCUGCAGGUCUCCUCCCACAAGUGUAAGAUCAUGUACUACACCGAGGUGCUGGCAUCCCAUGACUUCAGGGGAUCCAUGACCAGCCUGGAAUCUAGUCAUAGUGGUUUCUCCCAGCUCAGUGCCGCCACUACCUCUUCUAGCCAAUCACACGCCAGCUCCACCGUCUCAAGGUAGCAGCUGCCCGCCAGCUGUCAGUGACAGCAGUGACCUUAAACCUACUGACAUCUUACUCAAACUGUGCCUUAUUCCUCCAGAGAGAGGGAGCCUUACACUCUUUAAUGAGAAUUUGAUCUGACAAUUGAAGGUGAGGAGAGUUUUAUGGAAAUGUUUAUAAAUAGUACAUUUUAUUAUUAUUAUUAUUUUAGGAUGGUCAAUAGAGUAUCAUUGGCAGGGAAUAAUGUAUUUGAACUAUCAGUUUCCUGUCCAUACGAUGACUUAACUUGUUCUUUUUGUUUGAAGAAUAGCCGUGUACAUUUAUAGAAAAUACAAUGCACAGUGCUAAUGUCAAAUAUCUGAUUUGUAGUUACAGUGUAUAUGUUUCCAUAACUUCUGCUGGAUCAAUAAAUGUGAAAUGAGAUGCCUCAGAGACAGCAGUUUUUACAUAAGAUUAAAUGAGAUAUCUGUACAAUGCACACAGCUUCUGUCCCUGAAGUUGCUUUUAUUGCCCACAAGAUGUCAGAGUACUCUCUGGUUUAACCGCGCUCAGAUCUGCAGUGUACUCCGCACAUACUUUUCCACUCGCACUUUGUGUGGGCUUCUUAGAAUUUAAGAGAAGAAUUGUUUGAAUAAAGAAUUUAUCACAAACAUUCAUA